AUGGCCACCACACCGCCCACCAACUCCUCACCAGGAGGCACCAUCACCCUCCGCCUCCCCUACAAAUACACCCACUCCUCCCCACCCCCACAAACCAUCCCCUUCCCACCCCUCGACUUCCUCCACCGCACCUGGUCCGUAACCCACUCGACCCUCUCCAUGUGGCGUUCGGCCCGUAACGUCCGCAUCACGUACCGCCCCCUUACCCCGACCAAAGAUGGCCGUCCCCGUAUCGACGACCUGGUCGAAUACGAAUCCCUCUCCGGUUCAGGAGGCGUCAAAACCGUCGCGGGAGUCGACACGGGUAACUGGGACAACAUCAAAGAGGACAUGACGAGCUGGGACUGGCGCGGGAGCGGGUGGUUGUUUUUUGUGAGCAGUCAUUGGGAGGUGCUGGGUUGGGGGGAACGCAAGAAUGAGGAGACCGGGGAGGUCGAGGAGAGGUGGGCGGUUACGUGGUUUGCGUCGACGCUUUUCACCAAGGAAGGGGUGGAUAUUUAUAGUGAUCGGCCAGAGGGGGGGACUAAGGAGUUGGUGGAGGAGGUGUUGGGGGUAUUGGGGGAGGUGUUGGAGGAGGGCGGAGAGGGGACGAGGGGGUUGAAGGAGAUGGUGGAGAGGGAUAUGAGGGAGGUGAAGAUUAGUUUGCCUUGGAAGGAGAGGUGA